AUGUCAAACUCAACAACUAGCAGCAGUUCGUUUCAACACCAUCAACCACCAACUUCAAGUACAACGUCAUCUUUAUCUUCAUCAUCAUCUUCGGGGAACAACGUCAUCAAGGAAACACAAGAAACACUUGAAAUUGCAUAUGAAAUUAAUAAUAUUCUAAAUGCGGGUCUUGAUCGUGAAAGUCUUUCAAUAAUUAUGAAUUUAUGUGAGAUGGGAAUCAAUCCCGAAGCUCUCGCCGCUUGUGUUAAGGAAAUUAAAACUGAGGCUAACAAACUGAAACAGCUCUAA